AUGUCUCCCCCAGCUGCCGUCAUGCCCGCCCCCGUUGAGGCCCACCGCUUCGAGCACCCCUCGACUUUUGUCCAGGAUGCCGCCCCGGCCACGAAGGCCGGCGAGAAGGUCGACAAAUGGGCCGACUUCAAGUUCGAGCACAUCCGUGAGUCCACUGUGUCUCGUGCUAUGACCAAGCGCUACUUCGAGGACCUCGACAAGUACGCCGAGUCCGACGUUGUCAUUAUCGGUGCCGGAUCCUGCGGUCUCAGUGCCGCCUACACUCUCGCCAAGGCCCGCCCUGACCUUAAGAUUGCUAUCAUCGAGGCCGGUGUUGCUCCUGGUGGUGGUGCCUGGCUCGGAGGUCAGCUCUUCUCCGCAAUGAUCAUGCGUAAGCCCGCUCAGCUCUUCCUUGAGGAGAUCGGCGUUCCCUACGAGGAGGAAGACACCUACGUCGUCGUCAAGCACGCUGCCCUCUUCACCUCCACUCUCAUGUCCAAGGUUCUCACCUUCCCCAACGUCAAGCUCUUCAACGCUACCACCGUUGAGGACCUCAUCACCCGUAUCGACCCUGCCACCGGCAAGAUCCGUGUUGCGGGUGUUGUCACCAACUGGACCUUGGUGUCGAUGCACCACGAUGACCAGAGCUGCAUGGACCCCAACACCAUCAACGCUCCCAUCAUCAUCUCCACCACUGGUCACGAUGGCCCCUUCGGUGCCUUCUCUGUCAAGAGGCUUCUCUCCAUGAACGCCAUUGAGAAGCUCGGUGGUAUGAGGGGAUUGGACAUGAAGUUGGCCGAGGACGCGAUUGUGAAGGGAACCAGGGAGAUCGUCCCCGGUAUGGUUGUCGGUGGUAUGGAGUUGUCGGAGGUUGACGGUGCUAACCGUAUGGGACCCACCUUUGGUGCCAUGGCUUUGUCUGGUGUUAAGGCUGCCGAGGCCGUUUUAGAGGUCUACGACGAGCGUGUCAAGCAGAACAUGGAGUAA